GAAAUCCAGAAGUUGAAGAAAAUUGGAACUACCAUGGCCAGCCUGAAGCUUAACAGGCGACUAAAGAACCUGUCUAUGUGUGUAAAAAAACUGAAGAAGACUACGCUAGAGGACAAUCAGGCUGAGGGAGUAUUGGGUCAAAUUCCUAGUUCCAGCGUUGAAGUUUGUCCCAACUCACCCAUUCUCGCAUGUGAUUAUUGUGGGAAGACCUUUACGUCAAUCUUCAGCUUGAGUAGCCACCGCAUAAGCCAUUAUCGGAUGCCGAAAGGUUAUGGUCUUUCAAGAGAAAAGAACAUAUGUUAUUGCCAGCCCCCAACUCAUAUAGCUACAUGCAAGAAUUUUAGAAAGUAAACGGUUUCCUCCGGCUCCAUGCUGUCUGAAUAGGGGAUGGCGCAAAAAAUUAAAAAAAUAAUAAAACAUAUUAAAAAUAAGAGAAAAAAUAAAUAAAAAAUAUCUCCCAAUCAAACUAUAGCUGGGAAAAAUUUACUUUACGAGUUAUUCACGUUUAAA